AUGUCUCAAUGUUCUAGUGCUUCAUCAGAGAGGUCGUUUGUUAUUUCUUCUUCACUUUCAAAUCAUUGCCAAGCAAGACAAGAAGAAUUUGAAGAAAAUCUCGAAGAGAAUACUAUUAUAAGCAAUAGUGUAGAUUUAUUUUCUUCAUCAACAACCUUAUCAGCGAGCAGCAGAGAUGAUGAGGAUACUGAUGAUGACACUGAGAAUGACUUGGAUAACGAUUCAUCAUCCACCACUGCUUCCAGUAGUAUAGCAAUUCCUUCUUCCCCCAAGAAUUGUUAUCAAGAUAAUUUAAUGGGUCCCUUCUCCUUCCCUCCCAAGACAAAUAUUCGUCAUCAUGAGCAACAACAUCGUCAUCGUCGUUCAUUCAUGAAUGCUGCAUCAGACAAUCGCAAUACAACAAUAACACACGCGUUGAAUCAUAGACCCUUCAUCCACACACACAGAAACAGACCCUCUAGAAUAUUGGUAUUUGAUGAGUACAAUAACGGAGAUCAAGGGCAGGCUUAA